GCACACAACAACAGGCAGCAAAAACACAAGGCAUUUCAUUGUUUAAAUACUAGGAGCACAGAGAUAAAAAAGGUAGCAGCAAUGAGGUUCUCAGUCUAUCUAAUCCUGCUCUUCCUUUGGAUACCACAAGUGUGUGCGACUUCUGCAAACACAAAAGUCUCCAUUGAUUACAAAGUGGUAAAACAGGGGGACAAUCUCAUGCUGAACUGCACCUACAAUUGCUCAGCUGGAUUUGUGGAUGGCUUCUGGAGGACAGAGUCUGAAAUCUCUCCUUGCAACAAAACAAAAACUAAUAACUUUUGUACUGUUUCAAUCUGCCUGGUAAAUAUUUCCACCCAAGAUGUAGAAAAGAACUAUAGCUGCUACACAGAAGUUUCAGACGACCCUAACCUGACAAAAGAAUAUGUGCGCAUUGUUUUCCUUCGACUUCAAGCUCAAGACACCUUCUCCAACUGGACAAGUAACCCGAAUAUUGAUCGUAAAAACACAUCGCUUCCUGCUGAACCAGGAACUUCAAAUGGAGGAGAAUUUAAUGGAAUGAAGGUUUUGGCAGCAGUGACCGUCACAGUUGCCAUGGUUCUUACUGUUUUGGCUGUCUUCUUGUGUGUAAACCGCAACAAGCAGGUCUGGAAAGGCAAAGGGAAGCAGACUGUGUCCAAGUCAUGCUCACCUCAAGCCCCAUAUAAUGCCCUUCUUCCAGUAAAAGGGACAUUAUCAGCACAAAGCGAGAAAAUAACCUUACGGAUUCCUCCACCUGACAAUGAGGGGGAUACAGAGGUUCCCUACGCGGAUAUAAUGAUCACCGUCCGAGGGGUCAGUACACCCGAGCUCACUCAGGCAGGCUACUUAGGAGCAGGGGAGUGGCGAGGAAAUGACUCAAGAUGCCACCUCCAGGCCUCGCGUUCAGCUGACAGACUGCAUGUGCCCCAGCCCAGAGAGGUCAGCCGCAAGAUGAGCACCAACUCUGAGUAUGCAGUUAUCACAUAUGCCUGACCAUGGCUGUGUCAUUAAAUUACAUCAGAAAUGCAUAGACCCACUUAUUGUGUAAACCGUGUUUAGAAAACUCCUGUUACUACUGGUUUUGUGGAAGUCCAGGCCUUUUUUUAGUAAGAGCUGCUUUUUAUGUAGCGCUUGUUAAAACAUGCAUAAAAAAUUACUUCAUGAAAAUAUUUAGGAACUGUGCACAACUGUUACUUUGUUUUGUUGUUGUGUUUUACUCUGACAACAGUAGACAUACAUCUAUCUAUGGACUGCAUGUAAUAAUUAAAUAUGCUAAUACAUUUAAAUUCUAAUUAAUUAGUUUUUUUAACUGAUUAGUUAUUAGGAACAAAUUUUUUGACUUGAGAAAAAACACCUUGAAAAGUCAUGGUGAGACAGGGAAUAAUGAAAAUUUUUUUUUGUUUGAUUCAAAAACACAUUUAUUCAUCAAUUUAAACACUGACAUCCUUAAGCAUUCAGGACUCCUGCUUACAACAUUUUCUGAACAAUCCUGAAUGUCAUGAGUGAAGCUUUUCUUUUGUUUAUCAAAAACAUCAUUAAUCCCAUAAAGUACUCGUGAUUAGUGUUUAUUUUCAAAACAAGUAUAUUCUAUGUUGUUGUUUUUCCUGCUUUCAUAGCAUUCGCAGCAUUCACAAAACCUACACUCCAGCAAGAAAAGAAGUAAACCUAGUUUAUUGCUCUGGUUUACCAGUAAAGUUAGGUUGGAAAAACGAUCUUGAAAUCUUAUCUGGCUAAGAGGUAGAAAACUUCAUGUAAAUAGCAAUGAAAAAGCAGGAGGACUAUUUUGCAAUGGCAGAAAAGAAGUGGUUGAAAACAGCUUAAUAUAAACUAUCUUAAACAAAUAAAAUUUCUUGAAACUUUUUAGGACUGUGUGAAUUAGUGAACAUGCUGUUAAUAUGCAUUACCGUUUUGCUGAAGCAAAUUGUCUGUUUUAGUCUAAUCGAAAAUAAAGGAUAACAAUCGGCAAUAAAUAAUGACAUAAAAGACUUAUUGUAAAAGACUGAU